AUGCCAAAAAGAAAGCGGAAUGGCCAAUCGAGCUUACAUGAUGUGUUCAGCAAGUAUUGCGACGAAGUUUUUAGGGCCUUGAAGACCUCGAAGGGCUUUGAGAGGCAGCGUCUUAGUAAGAGGCUGCGUGACCCAGGUAUCACGCCGGACAAGAUCCAUCGCCUCGAAAGAGAAAUUGCAGUUCUUAAGUCUCUCGACUUACAUCAAACCGCGCGCGCGCACCUUCAACUGUCGUUGCUAAAGAUCAAGUCAAUCGCUUCUUCAACAGACCUGCCGGAGGAGUUGCGGCGGGAAGUAUCGAAGCCCGAUUUACCGGAAGAGGAGAAAAUAGCGCUUCAUAAUGUCACGAGUGGAUUGUAUAAUAAGGAACCUGUGAAGCAGGCCGUGGGCCGGGCUGUCAAGGCUGUCUGUGGUGUAUUAAACGUUCCCUUUCCAGAGAACGCCAAGCGGACACGCAAAACAAAGGAGAAAAGUCUGGAGGAACAGCAUUCGGAUUCCAUGGAAGGACUACCUGGCAAGACUAUAUAUGCGACCUCUACCGAAACUUUGGCGGAUAGGCUGGAUGAAGAGUCUGAAUUCGAGGGGUUUAGCGCUGACGUGGACGAUCCAGGCUCGGUGCUUGACGAACGGGAACCUGAUAGCGAUGCUGAGGCGAAGGAGGUUACUGAAUUUGACAAGAUUGAUGACUUGCUACGAAGCUCUUCUGACGAAGAGGAAGACUGGAAUAGCGACAAGUAUGCCCAAUUUCGAGGCAGGGAAACGGUCAACUUGGACGACAUUUCGGCGUCUGGUUCUGAUGAGGAGUCCGAAGCGGAAUCUGAAUCACAUGUCUCAUCUCAAUGUCGCUCUUCUCCCGGAAAAAAGCAGAACAAGGACAAAAAGGCUUCCACUACGCAAGGUCUUGUCAGGGAUUCCACAUUUCUCCCAUCACUCAUGGGUGGCUAUAUUUCAGGAUCUGAGUCUGCUUCUGACAUUGAGGAAGCCAAACCAAAGAAACGCCGUGGACAGCGUGCACGUCAAGCCAUUUGGGAGCAGAAAUAUGGCUCUGAAGCCAAGCAUUUGCAGAGGCCUCACAAGAAAAGUGGCCGGGACUCGGGCUGGGACAUGCGACGGGGUGCCGUGGAUGGUGAAGGCCAGAGACGAAGGACACCUUGGAAGAAAGGGAUCCAAACCCUUGUUGUACGGAAUGACACGGGAAGCGAUGGGACAUCAGCACCGAUCACAAAGCGAGAUGACGAAGGAAAAUUGCAUCCAAGUUGGGAAGCGAGAAAAAAGGCAAAGGAGUCGCAAAAGAAGAUAGCAUUCGCUGGUUCAAAAGUCGUAUUUGACUAG